AUGAAGAUGGACUGGCUGCCCUAUGCCGUGGUCCUCGCCGCGGUCCUGGGGGGGUGGAAGGUGUUCAACAACACAUCCCGCAAGGUCCUCAGGCCAAACGACUUCCAGCAAUUCGAGCUCAAAGAGAAGACGAUCCUAUCCCACAACACGGCUAUCUACCGCUUCAAGCUCCCCCGCGCCCACGACAUCCUCGGUCUCCCCAUCGGCCAGCACAUCUCCCUCGCCGCCACCAUCGCCGGCCAGCCCAAGGAAGUCGUGCGCUCCUACACACCCAUCUCGUCCGACGAAGACAAGGGUUACUUCGACCUGCUCAUCAAGUCGUACCCAACCGGCAACAUCUCCAAGCAUGUCGCCUCGCUCAUGGUUGGUCAGAACAUGAAGGUCAAGGGGCCCAAGGGCGCCAUGGUAUACACUCCCAAUAUGGUCAGGCAUUUCGGAAUGAUUGCCGGCGGCACGGGCAUCACUCCGAUGCUGCAGAUCAUCAAGGCCAUCAUCCGGGGGAGAGAGGCUGGCGAUGUCACCGAGGUGGACUUGCUUUUUGCAAAUGUGAACCCGGAGGAUAUUUUGCUCAAAGAGGACCUGGAUGCCUUGGCCAAGAAUGACGCCAAGUUCAGGGUGCACUAUGUGCUGAACAACCCGCCUGAGAAGUGGGAGGGCGGGGUUGGCUUUGUCACUGCUGAUAUGAUCAAGGCCAAGCUCCCAGCUCCCGCCAAGGACAUCAAGGUGCUUAUUUGCGGCCCUCCGCCAAUGAUCAGCGCGAUGAAGAAAGCCACCGAGUCCCUUGGGUACACCAAGGCACGUCCAGUGAGCAAGCUGGAGGACCAGGUCUUCUGCUUCUAG